AUGACAAAGGCGUACUGGACGCGCACAUCCCCUACUCUUGGCCGCAUCUUGUCUUAUCCCUAUACACCUAUCAAUCAUAGCUAUGGACCAGGCUUCGACUUUCCCUUUGUGGUGUUUCCUCCACUUCCCCAGGGGGCUGCACUUAUUCCAGCCACCUUUGAGACUGAUGUUCUUAUCAUCGGUAGUGGAUGUACUGGCGCAGUUGCCGCUUCUGUUCUGGCACGGUCCGGACUUCAAGUUCUAGUAGCCGAGAAAGGUUAUCAUUGGAAGCCAAAUCACCUUCCCAUGUCGGAGAAAAACGGAAUGGUGCAUCUGUUUGCCAACGGAGGUGUGACACUUUCAGAUACUGGUAAGAUGGGAAUUCUAGCUGGGUCAUGCUUCGGUGGAGGGGGUACUGUCAACUGGUCUGCGUCGCUCCAGCUCCAGCCAUUUGUCCGACAAGAAUUCGCCAAGAAACACAACUUGCCAUACUUCGAGAGUUCUGCAUUCCAACAAGACAUGGACGCAGUUUGCGAAACCAUGGGCGUUGGAACACAAGGUAUCAAACACAACCCUGGAAAUCAAAUGCUUCUGGACGGUGCCCAGAAGCUCGGUAUGAGGGCGAAGCCCGUGCCCCAGAACACCGCUGGGGAAGCUCACCAAUGUGGUUAUUGCACACUUGGCUGUGGUAGCUGCGGCAAGAAAGGACCGACAGAGAGUUGGCUCCCUGACGCUGCUCGACAUGGUGCCAAAUUUAUUGAAGGCUUUCAGUGCGAGAAAGUAAUAUACGCCAAAGAUAAAACACAAGACGGAAACAAGAUUGCCAUUGGCGCUCGAGGCGUUUGGACUUCUAGAGACGAAUCCGGCGGCGUGUCUGGAAAGGUGUAUAGGCGUCCGGUCACAAUCUACGCCAGGCGCGCCGUGGUCGUAGCUGCUGGCGCACUUGGAGGCACCGCGCUGCUUCUCGAGAGGAGCGGUAUUCAGAAUCCCCAUCUUGGCAAGCACUUGAAAUUGCAUCCCGUCAACACUCUAUUCGGCGUCUUUGAUAAAGACAUUAUGCCGUGGGAAGGUGGUAUUUUGACCUCGGUCGUCAACGAAUACGAGAAUAUUGAUUCAACAGGCUACGGCUGCAAAUUGGAAUGCGUCACUAUGCUUCCUAGCAUGGUCCUCCCAUUGAUGCACUGGAAAUCUGGUUUAGAAUGGAAGGUGCAUGCUGCCAAGUUCAAGCGUAUGGCAGGCUGGAUAUCGCUCGCCAGAGACAAAGGCGAAGGUGAAGUCUACGCUGAUCCAGAAGACAAAUACCGAGUCAGAGUCAAGUACGACACAUCAAAGCCGGAUCAGAGGAACAUUGCAGUCGGCCUUGUCGCACUGGCUAAGAUCGCCUUUGUCGAAGGGGCACGCGAAAUUCACGUUGGUGUCGCCGGCGUGCCUCCAUUCAUACGCCGCGAAUCUGUCAAAACGUACUCAUCGGCGAUCGAUGCCAGCCAGACUGGGGAAGAUGCUGGAGUCACGGCAAGCAUAAACGACCCCGAGUUCACGAAGUGGCUCUCCCGUCUGGAACUGUUUACUGUCAACGGGCUGCCAGGGGAUGCUGGGCAGGUGUCAGCUCACCAAAUGGGUACGGCGAGGAUGGGUUCUUCGCCCAUGAACAGUGUUGUGGAUCCGCGGGGUGCUGUGUGGAAUACACAAUCCCUCUAUGUAGCUGACACUUCUGUAUUCCCAGGAGCGAGCGGAGUGAAUCCGAUGAUCACAGGUAUGGCGAUUGCUAGAGGCAUCGCUCGAGGCAUCGUCGAAGAUCUAGGUCUUGCUUCUACGGACCAAGCACCAAGAGCGAAGCUGUAA